UCAGGCAGCUGUGUAGCUAUUAAAGCGUUGGGUCCCGACUCGCCUGCUGUGGCGAGCGCACAGCGAGAUGAAGCUUCCUACCUGGUUCUGGCUGAGCUCCGCUGUCCUCGCUACCUAUGGAUUUUUAGUGGUGGCGCAAAGUGAGACAAAAAUAAUCCAAGAUGAGGGAGCCAAGGACACAUGCUGGGUCAAUCUGGAGAGCAGAGGGAAGUGCUCCGAGGACCGCAACUGCCCCUUCCAGCUCACCCUGCCCCCAGUGACCCUCCAGCUUCCGGGGCAGUUCGGCAGGAUCGAGGAGGUGUUCAAAGAAGUGCAGACCCUCAAGGAAGUCGUCAACAGUCUGAAGAAAACUUGCCAAGACUGCAAGUUGCAAGCUGACGACAGCCGAGCCCCAGACAAGAAUGGAGCGCAGGGAGAGCCUGGCGACAACAGAGUCCAGGAACUGGAGAGCCAGGUGCACAAGCUGUCCUCCGAGCUGAAGAACGCGAAAGACGAGAUCCAGGGGCUGCACGGGCGCCUGGAGAUGCUCCAUCUCGUAAAUUUGAACAACAUAGAGAACUAUGUUGACGACAAAGUGGCAAAUCUAACGUUCGUGGUCAAUAGUUUGGAUGGCAAAUGUUCCUCCAAGUGUCCCAACCAAGAACAAAUCCAGUCACAGCCAGUUCAACAUCUAAUAUACAAAGAUUGUUCUGACUACUACGUAAUAGGCAAAAGAAGCAGUGAGAUCUACAGAGUUACACCUGAUCCCAAAAAUAGUAGCUUUGAGGUAUACUGUGACAUGGAGACCAUGGGGGGAGGCUGGACAGUGCUGCAGGCUCGCCUCGAUGGAAGCACCAACUUCACAAGGAAAUGGCAGGACUACAAAGCAGGCUUUGGAAACCUCAGACGGGAAUUUUGGCUGGGUAAUGAUAAAAUUCACCUUCUGACAAAGAGUAAGGAAAUGAUUCUGAGAAUAGAUCUUGAAGAUUUUAAUAAUGUCAAACUGUAUGCCUUGUAUAAUCAGUUUUACGUGGCUAAUGAGUUUCUCAAAUACCGUUUACACCUUGGUAACUAUAAUGGCACAGCUGGAGAUGCCUUGCGCUUUAGUAAGCAUUACAACCAUGAUCUGAAGUUUUUCACCACCCCAGACAGAGACAAUGAUCGAUAUCCCUCUGGGAACUGUGGGCUCUAUUACAGCUCAGGUUGGUGGUUUGAUGCAUGUCUUUCUGCAAACUUAAAUGGCAAAUAUUAUCACCAAAAAUACAAAGGUGUCCGUAAUGGAAUUUUCUGGGGCACUUGGCCUGGUAUGAGCCAGGCACAGCCUGGUGGCUACAAGUUCUCCUUCAAACAGGUCAAGAUGAUGAUCAGACCCAAGCACUUCAAGCCAUAAAUCACAAGUGCUCAACUUUCUAGGUACUGAUGGAGAGGGCAGUAGGUUUCUUUAGCCCUUCACCAGGUGCCCUAGUUCAUAUUCCCUUUCUAUGGCUAAAAAGUUUCCUUUGAGUAAUAGGUUCUUAUGUUACACAGCUUUUGAAAUAAAGCUGAAAAUAUGCAUCUGAAAAAGACCCCUUCGUUGCUGUUAUGUAAUGAAUGCUUGAAAAAGCAUUGGAAAUAUUGACUGUUAUAAUUAAACUUGUGAGUCUUUUAGUUUAUAUUAGCUGAAAAGUUCCAAAUACUAUUUGUAUUAUUCUCUGAAACCAAUUAUUCAGCAAGCUAAAUUUUACACAAGCACUAUUUUGGCUAGGGUUAAAUAUGCACAUUUGAACAUGUAUGACUCUUUUUAAGCUACAGUUUAUUUGCAUAUCUGUAUCCAAAACUGUAGCAUUUAAUUUGGGCCAAGAAGAACUUAUGACAUUUUAAUGAUCAAAAAAUGGGAAUAAUAUAUGUAGCUAAAUGUAUUCAUGUAAUAUUCAUGAAAUGUAAAACAUGGCAUUAAAAUAUGAUAGUGUAAUAUGCUUCUUUCCCCACCAAAACUGGAGAAUAAUAUAACCUUAAAGCUUUGUUUUAGAGGUAAUUCACUCACAGUUUUUUAACUUGUUAGAUGUCUGAUGGUGAAAGCUGCUUUUUACCUUCCUCUGCUCUAUACGUACGACAAUUCUUCAUUUAAGGUGCUAGACUACUAGAUUUUCUGGGACGUAGCAUGGUAGGGAAAGAAGCAUUUAUUUAUACUCUGAAAGCCAGUUCUAUACCCAAGGCAAUAGUAUCACUGAGGAUCUACUUCCUAGGAAUCUGAAUUUUCUAGAAUACAUUUAUUUAUUGAAAUACGAAUUUUGAAAUAUGUAGCAGAUCAAAUAUGAAACAUUCAUAACUAGUGAAUUGCUUAUUUCACUCUCUCAGAAUUUCAAAGAUAUAUAUAUUUUUAAGGCCAAACAAAAGUAGCUGGAACUUUUAUAAUUCAUUAAUUCCAUAAUAUUAAGUACAUUAAAAUGGUUAGAAAAGGUAGUUUUAUUUCAUCACUGUAAAAAGAGAUUAUUUCAGAGAGAAAUGACCAGCUGUAAUUUAAAAAUGCCCUUGAGUAAAGUCUGAAGUGCUGCAUGCAGUCAGUCAUACAGAAUAACUGACUGUGUAGUAUGCAAGGUCUAAGAAAUAAAUUUCAUCCUUAAAUUCUGCUGUUGUUUCUAAUAUACUAACCAAGACUGCAGCACAUGUUCACAAAGAUGCGUCUUUACUUAUUAUUUGAAGAUUAUUGUGGAGGACAGUUAUUAACUACUUAAUUUUCCAAAUAUUAAACAUUAUAGAAAAAAAAAUCUUUAAAAGGAGCAAAAUACUGGGGCUACAGGGAGAACUUGUCUCAAAAAGACCAAAAAAAAAAAGAGCAAAAUAUUAAUUCAAAACACAAAAAAUGAAGUUUUCAGGUGAAUAUAAUGAAAAUUAAGCUCUUGUGAAUAUAAUUAAAAUACCAGAGCAAGGUAAAUGUAUAUUGAAUUAAAUGAUGACCAAAAUGUAAAAUACAGAUUUCAAGGGCUGUAACCCAUUUGGUGGAAUAUCAAAUGUAAAUGGAAUAAUUGAUUUUAUUUCUUCCUGCUUCCUAUAUGUAACUUCUCUCUGUCUAUAUAUAUACAUAUACAUACACAUAUGUAUAUGUAUAAAUAUAUAUCUAAAAAGAUUUCAAAUAAAAAUAUAUGCUCAUCUACAGAAUGCCCAUUGUUUUUAAUGGGUAUUCAGUAUCAUUUUGGGAGCAUAUUUUUAUGAUGUUUUUCUAAUGAAUACUUUAACACAGAAAUUUAUUUUUAGAAUAAUUCAAUGUCAUUCAUUAUAAAAUAUGUUGUAGACUUUGAUAAUCUUUAACAUGUUGAUGGAAAUAGUCUUUUACCUUAACUGUUCACUAAUGUAUGCUAAUGUCAUAAAUGCACACUAUUUACAACUAUA